GUCGCAGAUAGUAAAAACGAUUCUUUUCAUCAGGUUCCCAUCAGAGGCGUCAACGUCGACGACUUGGCCGAAGGUUCACACAUUUAGCCAAGUACCCGCAUCUUAAAACCCAGUGUGUGUACGUGCAUUACCUGUUAUGUAUUGUUGAUAUGAGCUGUCCCUACCCGAAAAGUACUGGUGGAACUUGACUCCGGGCUCCGGAACCGAUUCCCAGUCUUGGUCGGAAGCUCGCCGCGAACGGUUAAGGGUAUUGGGAGGAACCCCACGAGUUGUGGAGAAGUUGGUUGGUUUGGAAAGUUCUAGGUACUGCGUUGGUGAAGAUCGUGGAGUUUAGUGUUUUGAGAUAUUGGUAGAUUUCAUGAAAAUUGUGAAGAAUUAAAAUGUGAUGCUACGAAUUUCUUAUGAAAUUGCUUAGUUAAAAAAGAUGCAAGAAGAUCAACUAAACGAAAGUGAAACUCAGCAAUAACGCAACCUGUUGUUAAUAAGUAAAAACCCAAGCUUACCUAAUUUACAUAUGGUGAAAAGUGAAACCCAUUCAUCCAAAUAGCCUAAAUUAGUUCCCCCAAAAUAUGACCCACAUCUAAUUUGCAUAUUUAAACUGUGAGAAAACAUCCGUUAAGUGCAUUACAUAAGUGAAAAGAAGAGAAUUUCAUCACAAGUGACGAAUUCAAGCGCAAAAAAAUGUCUCAAAAAAUGUCGGAAACCCUUCUGAGGGUUGCAUUGUUACUGCAAGUUAUCAUAAGCACCCAUGGAGAAGCGGAUCCCCAGUUGAACAUUCCGGCAGGUCAAAUCAACCGCGAUCUGCAGGGAAGGCCACAGGUGUUGCCGAAUAGUUACACCGGUGAGCGGUCAGGUCAGCAUCGCGAUCGGGACGACCUGCAGGAUGGAGAAGAAGGGGACACCAAGAAGGCUGGGAAUGAUUUUGACCACAGUCGAAGUGAACGAUUUGGACCGCCGUACGACGAUAGGGAUGACGAGGAGGAAAACUAUCCGGAAGGGAGGAGCAAUGAUGAUCAGAGGGAUCGACAGGAUCGGCCGAAUAGACCCUUUUCUUACGAUGAUCGCAAUCGGUACAACAACUACAAUGAUGACGACCGCAACAACUUCGAUCGCAACCGCAACCCUUACGACCGAGAUCGGGAUCGCGGUCGCGGUCAAUACCCGUACAAUCGGGACCGCAACCGGUACGUGUCGGACGUAGAUAACCCGGACCUCUACCAAAACCGUGCUCCGUACAACCCGAACCAGGACGGCCGCUACAACCCGGAAAACGGCCGUUACGACCCCAACGACCGACGCCGGCCAAUCCAGAACGACGUAGACAACCCAAAUCUGUACCAGGACCGUACUCCGUACAACCCGAACGGACCACAAACGAACGGCGGCUUCGACCCGAACCGCAGGCCUCAGUUCGGCCCCGUCGACCAGUUUGACAACGGUCGUCCCCGGGACUCGUUCAAUCCGGGAUCGUUCCGGAGUGUCGAGGAGGAGCGUCGCUUCCGGGCGGAAACGGAAAAGCUGAAAACCUUCCUGGCCGACAUCGACCGGAAGAGUUCGCUCGAGUGCUCGCUGAAUGUGGCCGCCCAGUGGAACUUCGAGACGAACGUGAACGAUGCGACGCAGGUUGAGGCGAUUGCAGCCCAGCAGCGUUACAACGACUUCCAGCGACUCCUAUGGGAUCAGAUGCGUCACAUUGAUCAGAGUAAGAUCUUCGAUGACAAGUUGUACCGACAGGUUCGACUUAUGUCAAUCAUUGGACCAAGUGCUCUCCCGCCCGAUCAGCUUGAUAGGUACAAUCGAAUCGUAAACGACAUGCUGGCAAUCUUCAAUGGAGCCCAGAUUUGUGCCUUCGAACGACCAUUUGAGUGUGGUUUGAGACUUCAACCGCAUUUGAAGGAUAUCAUGGCCAAGAGCAGAGAUUGGAACGAGCUAACCUGGACUUGGGUUGAAUACCGCCGGAAAACUGGAAGAAACAUGCGCGAACUCUUUGAACAACUUGUAGAUCUGACCAACGAUGCAGCUCGAGUCAACAAUUUCACAAACGCUGCCCAGUACUGGCAGUUCCCGUACGAAUCCCGCAACUUCCGCGAAGAAAUGGAACAAGUCUGGAACGAAAUUCUCCCCCUUUACGAAAUGCUCCACGCGUACGUCCGGCGGAAGCUGCGCGAGUUCUACGGUCCGGACAAAAUCAACAAAAACGCCCCAAUCCCGGACCACAUCCUGGGCGACAUGUACGGUCAAAGCUGGAACAACAUCCUGGACAUCCUGAUUCCAUACCCGGGCAGAAGCUUCCUCGAAGUAACACCGGAAAUGCAAAAGCAAGGCUACAACCCGCUGGUCAUGUUCCAAAUCGCCGAGGAGUUCUUCGUGUCCAUGAACAUGAGCGCCCUCCCGCCCGACUUUUGGCUCACGUCGAUCUUCACCCAACCCCCGGACCGACCCGUCCUCUGCCAACCAUCCGCGUGGGACUUUUGCACCGGCAAGGACUACCGCAUCAAGAUGUGCACCUCAGUAACCCACAAAGAUCUGAUCACGGUCCACCACGAGCUGGCCCACGUGCAGUACUUCCUCAACUACCGCAACAACCCCAAGGUCUUCCGGGACGGGGCCAAUCCGGGCUUCCACGAGGCCAUCGGGGACGCCGUGACGCUGUCGGUGGCCAACCCGAAGCACCUGCAGAACCUGGGCCUGGUGCAGAAGAACGUGGACGAUACGGCGCACGACAUUAACUUCCUCUUUUCGUUGGCGCUGGAAAAGGUCGUGUUCCUGCCGUACGCGUUGGCGCUGGACGCGUGGCGGUACGACGUGUUCAACAAGAAGGUGCGGAAGGAGCAGUACAACUGCCACUGGGUGCUGUUGAGGGAACAGUUUGGAGGCCUAAAGCCACCGGUUUUGAGGUCUGAACUUGAUUUUGACCCCGGUGCAAAGUAUCACGUGGCCGCAAACAUCCCUUAUAUCAAAUACUUCUUCUCAAACGUCCUCCAGUUCCAGAUCCACCGAGCCAUGUGCACGGCCUCGCGCCAGUACGACCCUCAAGACCCCAGCAAACCGCUGCACAAGUGCGACAUCUUUCGGCAACCGGCCGCCGGCAACAUUCUCAAACAACUGAUGGAACGUGGAGCCUCCGAACCGUGGCAGCAGGUUCUUCAGGAGGUAAUUGGCGAGGGUCGACUCGAUGGCACCGCUCUUCGGGAGUACUUCAGACCCCUGGAGGAGUGGCUUCGUAACGAGAAUCUGCGCACCAACGAGUACGUCGGUUGGAUCUACGACGGGGAUUACUGCAAGCACAGCAUCGAAACCGCCAACCUGCAGGUCUUUGGAGGGUUCUACAAUGGUGCCGUUCAGGUGCAACUCGCUGGUGGAUUCGUGUUUGGGCUGUACUUGCUCGUCCAGGUUUAUGUUAAUCAGCUGCGGUUGAUUUAGGGUUUUCUUUUUCAUUUCAUUUAAAAAAAUUAUAAGUAGAAUUAGUCAUUAGUUUUUAGCAUUGGUCAGCUUAAGUAACAAUUUCUCAAUAAAUUUAAUC